AUGAAGUAUUUAAUUAUCCUUGCCUUGUGUGCUGCAGCCUUUGCUGCUCCCAUUGAGGAUGAGGACGACAAGAUUGUUGGUGGAUAUGAGUGCAGAAAGAACUCUGUGCCCUACCAGGUCUCUCUGAAUGCCGGUUACCACUUCUGUGGAGGCUCCCUGAUCUCCAGCACCUGGGUAGUGUCUGCUGCUCACUGCUACAAGUCUCGAAUCCAGGUACGUCUUGGUGAGCACAACAUCGCCAUGAACGAGGGUACGGAGCAGUUCAUCAACUCUGCCAGGGUUAUCAAACAUCCCAGAUACAGCAGCCGCAACCUGGACAAUGACAUUAUGCUCAUCAAGCUGAGCAGGCCCGCCACCCUCAACAGCUACGUGCGUACAGUGUCCCUGCCUUCCAGCUGUGCUGGUACAGGCACCCGCUGUCUGGUCUCUGGAUGGGGCAACAUGAGCGGCUCUGGAAACAACUACCCUGAUCGUCUGAGGUGCCUGGAUCUCCCCAUGCUGAGUGACAGCAGCUGCAGGAGCGCCUACCCUGGACAGAUCACCUCCAACAUGUUCUGCGCCGGAUUCUUGGAGGGAGGCAAAGACUCCUGCCAGGGAGACUCUGGUGGUCCCGUGGUGUGCAACGGCCAGCUUCAGGGUGUUGUGUCCUGGGGUUACGGUUGCGCUAUGAGGAACAAGCCUGGUGUCUAUGCCAGGGUCUGCAACUACAACUCCUGGAUUCGCAGCACCAUGUCAUCCAACUAA